AUGACAGUCCUGUCAGCUCUGUCAGCCUAUCAGGGGCCAGUAGUACUACUGCUGGUCAUACUGGGGCCCACCAUCCUCCGGCCAGCCUUUCUCCUCAGGCUCAUAGGUCGCGGUCCACCCCGCGCUUCCCCCAGAGCUCCUCGUUCACCUAUAACCCUACCCGCCAAGCUUCUCCUCGCCCUUCACACUCUCUACCGCCUACAAUCCCUCGCUCGUCCCCCUUACAACAUCUUCACAACCCACCACCUCCCCAUCUAUGUCAGUAACGACAUCCUCCGGCGACAUGUCCUCCCUCACCUCGCUUCCUCCUCGUCCACUCUCUCCCGCUUCGACGCGCCCUCCUCGCAGCUCGAGCUCCUCCUUGCCAAGCUCGCUCAGCUAGACAAUCGCAUCCUGUACUCGCGAUACGGCCAUCAGCCGCUUUCAUCAUGCACCUGGUGCCAUUCGAGUACGGACUAUCUCAUCGCAGCUCUUCCCGGGGUGCUGCAGGCGUACAUAACCAUGGCUUGGCUGGUCGGUAUGCUCGGGCUGCGACCCAUAGGCGGAGGGGACGCUACGGUCCGCAAGAGGGCAUGGAGGGGGAGUAUGUGCUGGAUACUGGCUGUCCUGGCAGUAGGCGAACUGGGCGUGAGGUACCUCUGGGAGAUUAGGAUAUCGGAGGGCGAUGCUAUCCAGCUCGACUCCAUCAUCCAUACUCUCCGCACCAUCCUCUUCCUCGUCAUCCCCCUCACCUACCUCUUCCUCCCCCUCCCCGCUACAACAGUCCAGACGGCCCUCCCUCCCCUUCUCGCCUCUCUUCAGAACACCACUCAAACCCUCCGCCUCUCUUCCCUCGCACGUACGGCCGCCCUCCGGGACGCGGGACUACGGGACAAGCUUGUCCAGUCGACAGAAGAGGAAGGGGCGCUUCGUGCUGCUGGACGAGCGGAUAUCCAUGUGCAGAGGAGCGCGGAGAGCUUGGGAUUGAAAGAGGGCAUGUCGGAUAGUGCGCGGCGGUGGAUAGAUGAGGGAUGGGCCGGGCUGGUCAGGAUCGGACCGCAGCCGGGGUAG